AGCAAAGCACUUCCUGGUGUGUGAAUGAGCGUAGUCUGAAGUGUAGUUUUCUCAGCGGAGCAGACGUUCAAGGUUAACAUCUGCCGGGGCUGAGUGUGUGGACGUCCACUCCCCCCAAAAAGUUACUACGGUCGUGUGUGUGAGGAGGACUGCGGGUUAUUUCCACCGUUAACGUGAGAUGCAGACAGUUGGUAAACUCAUGAAGGUGUUCGUGACGAGGCGCAUCCCGCAGGAGGGGAUGAAGAUCCUGUCAACGGCUGGAGUCUGUGAGGUGUCUCUGUGGGACUCUGAUGAACCCGUGCCGAGGGAAGACCUCCUCAAAGGUGUGCAGGGGGCUCAUGGUCUCCUGUGUAUGCUGUCAGACAAGAUCGAUGCUGAGGUCCUGGAUGCUGCAGGGCCAAACCUGAAAGUAAUCAGCACCCUGUCAGUGGGAUUUGACCACUUGGCUAUCAACGAAAUCAAAAAACGUGGUAUACGUGUUGGAUACACUCCAGAUGUCCUGACUGACGCCACAGCUGAACUGACCGUGGCUCUGCUGCUGGCCACUGCUCGCAGAUUACCAGAGGGAGUGGAGGAGGUCAAAAAUGGAGGCUGGAGCUCAUGGAAGCCUCUCUGGCUGUGUGGUUAUGGUCUUUCUGGCAGCACAGUAGGAGUUAUCGGACUGGGACGCAUCGGCAUGGCCAUAGCUCGGAGACUCAUGCCCUUCGGAGUGAAGAGGCUGCUGUACUCUGGGAGAACUGCCAAGGCUUGUGCUGCUGAAGUGAAUGGAGAGUUUGUUCCCCUGGACACACUUGUGUCUGAGAGCGACUUUGUGGUUGUUUCCUGUUCCCUGACGCCAGAAACUCAGGGUCUGUGUGACAAGGCCUUCUUCAGCAAGAUGAAGAACACAGCAGUCUUCGUCAAUUCCAGCAGGGGAGCUGUGGUGAACCAGGAGGAUCUGUACAAGGCUUUGAGCAGCGGACAGAUAGCUGCAGCCGGACUAGAUGUCACAACACCUGAGCCACUCCCAACAGAUCACCCUCUUCUGACACUUAAAAACUGCGUGGUGUUGCCACACAUCGGCAGCGCCACCUACUCCACGAGAGGUGUCAUGGGAGCUCUGUCAGCUCAAAACCUGCUGGCAGGUUUACAGGGCACAGACAUGCCCAGUGAACUCACCUUCUAACGCCUGAAACCGAGCCGCUGUGCCUCCUCUGGUGCUGCAUGUAGAGCAGAUCAAACUAGUGUACUGGUCUAGUAGUGGUCUCCUGUGGGAGAUCAAAGUAAAGGAUACUCAUGUAGUUAUACAUUUACAUCAUGUCACUGUUAACUUGAUAGUUUCAUUUGAGCCUGUCACAGUUACUAACGAGUUGAACUUUAAAUAUACAAUGUGCAUUUUUGAGGAAGGAAAUGCUCGGGGCAGUUUUGACAUCUCAGACAAGUAUUCAAGUUCUUGGAAGAAAAAAAAAAGCUUAUGAACAAACUGGCAGCACUCCUUAACCUUAGCUCUUACUAAAACACUACCAUGUUCAGUCUUAUGUGGAGAAUUGUAGUUGAAUUGCAUAAACAAAAAAUCUCAUUUGCAUUUCAAGAUAGCACUGGUGACUGGUUCUGUCUCUCAAAUCUAAAUGUAAUGCCAUAAAGAUUAGAAUUAUACUUCUUAGUCUGCACUUUAUGGUGAUAUUAAAGGAAUACUUCACCCACAAAAUGACCAUCUGAAAAUUAGUUAGUUGUGAAAAUGCAUGUGUUUGGGAUAUGACUGGAUAAAUGAGACUUGGGUUAUACUACACGAGUUGUGCAAGAGCUUGUAAACUGAUGCUUCAAUGUAGUUUUGCUGCUGUUAAACGCGGUCACCUGUCAAACAUUGAAUCAGUAUGUUUGCAUUUUUCUGUAUAGGUGUGACAGAAAAAUAAAGUUUUCUUCACAAAUUCAAGGUCAUAGGAGGACUCACUGAUAUACAAAUGGUCAUUCUGUGGGUGAAGUAUUCCUUUAAUGCUCCAUGUCUUCUUUUACAAAAUAUUUCAACACUCCAUUAUUUUGUAAAAUGGGAUUUAUGGCUCGGUUUGAAUAUAAUGCUCUGUUUAAUUUCGAAAUUCAUUGUGCUCAAAAUAGAUUUAUGAUCAAUAAAAAGUUUAAGUGC